AUGGAUAUUUACCAAAGACGCCCGCAGGCCGUGGUGCUGCCAAUUCUAUCUUCUUUCUCCAUUGUUCUCGCUAUUCCACCGUUAAUUCUGCAUGGAAAGAACCGCAAUUUCCCCGCUACCAGUCUUAUAUUCUGGUCAAUCCUCCUCAACUUGUUCAACAUCAUCAAUUCUCUCAUAUGGCCCACGGAUGACGUGCAGUCAUGGUGGGACGGGGCUGGUCUCUGUGAUAUCGAGGUCAAGCUCAUGGCUGCCGGCUACGUGGGCAUCCCAGGAAGCCUAGCAUGCAUCUUUCGAAGUCUGGCAAUUGUACUAGAUACCGAUCGGGCUACAUUAGUCCCAAGCAAAGGCCAACGCUGGCGCAAUCAGUUUGUGGAGAUUCUGUUCUGCGUGGCUGUUCCAGUCAUCGCAAUGAUCACACACAUCAUCUGGCAAAAGAGUCGAUACUUGCUACUGGCCAUUUCGGGAUGUGUGAACAACUUCGACGAGAGUUGGGUCAGUCUUGUCUUUGCAUGGAUCUGGCCGCCAAUUAUCUGUCUCAUUGCAGCAUACUAUUGCUGCCUGGUCCUCAUCCGCGUACACAAGUACCGAAGUGACUUCGCAAACAUCAUCCGCGCUUCCAGCAGUAAUCUCAGCAAAUCCCGCUUCCUCCGCCUCUUCUUCCUCGCCCUGUCAAUGCUCAUCUGCAUCCUCCCACUACAAGGAUACGUCGUCUACAACGACAUCCUCCUCUCCCUCCCUUGGCACUCCUACUCUUGGGGCGAGAUCCACAACGGAGACAAAUGGCACACCAUCGCCAAAUACCCCAUCGAUGGCGCCGUCUUCUUCGACCGCUGGACUCCCGUCGCAUCAGGCUUCAUGAUCUUCAUCUUCUUCGGCUUCGGCCACGACGCAGCACGCAUGUACCGCACAGUCUUCUGGUACCUCGGAUUGAGCUACUGCUUCCCGUGCAUCGAACCCCCAACAGAUACACACAGCACGCCGUCUCCCGGGCACAUUUCAACAGCAACCACUCUCGUCGGGAGUAUCGGCUCCCGUGCUAGAUCGCUGUUCUCUCGCCAGAAGGAAUCCGUCGUCACGUUUAUCUCGACGCAUGGCACUUACAACGACCUUGAAAAGGGCACCUUUUCGCAGUUGUCUCGCCAUAGCUCUGGAAAAUUGACCAAGAAGUCUCGAUGGAGUAGCUUGCCCUGGUCGCUAUUUAACAGACGUCAGACUCGUCAGGAUAUUGAUGGGACACUGUUAACUGACCUCGCCCGUCCCUCGCAGACUGUAUGCACGAAUGCCUGGGCUAGUCGUGAUAGUCGGGAGUUGUCUAGUGAGCCUAUUUCGCCGGAGCUUAAUAAGGACUUCAUUCAUGUGCGGCAGGUUAUCAGCCAACAGAGUGAGGUUAGGGUUCAGGUCUAG